CGAAUUUGGCAUGUGCGGUAUCGUCGCCCACUUGGAGCUGCCGGGUCCCUCGCCUGUUGUGCUGCCGCCGCCCGACCUCGACGCGGCCUUGGGCCUGCUGCACCACCGCGGUCCCGACGGCCGUGGGACGUGGACCGACGCGAACACCGUCGGGCUGGGCCACACGCGGCUCUCGAUCAUGGACGUGGCCCACGGCGCGCAGCCGCUGCACGCGCCGGACGACGUCCACGCGGUCGUCAACGGCGAGUUUUACGAGUUCGAGGCGAUCCGCGCGGCCUUGAUUUGUGACGGACACGCCUUUGCGACGCAGAGCGACUCGGAGAUCCUUGUGCAUCUCUACCGCGAGCACGGCGUCGACGCGCUUGAGCACCUUGUCGGCGAGUUUGCCUUUGUGCUCUGGGACGGCGCGCGCCAGCAGCUAUUCUGUGGCCGCGACCGGUACGGCAUCAAGCCGCUCUUCUACACCCAAGUAGGCAACCGCUUCCUUGUCGCAAGCGAGGCCAAAGCAUUUCUAGCGCUCGGAUGGUCGCCGCAGUGGGAUGUGCAUGCGAUUGCGAGCAGCGGGUACUUCUCCGACCAACGCACGCUCUUUCUUGGUGUCAACAAGCUGCCGCCUGCGCACUCGCUGGUGGUGUCGGCCUCGGGGUCGAAGCGUCUCGAGUGCUACUUUCGUCCGACGUUUCCGCACAAGCGCCAAGUCGAUCCGCGCUCGCUCGACGAGAUGGUUGCUGGCGUGCGCGACCGGCUCUACGACGCGGUGCGCACGCGUCUCCGCAGCGACGUACCCGUGGCCGUGUACCUCAGUGGCGGCAUCGACUCGUCGUCGGUGCUCGGUAUCGCACUCGACAUUUUGCGUCAAACCGAUCCGGAUGCGCAACUAGACGCGUUUACCAUUUCGUUCACCGACCGCGAGUACGACGGCGUCGGCUAUGACGAAGGCGACGUGGCCGCCCGCACCGCGUCGCACGCGCGCACGCGUCACCACGUGCUCAAGAUCACGCAAGCCGACUUGACCGCGGCCUUUGCCGACGCCGUGUGGCACUGGGAAGCACCGCUCAACGAUUUCAACGGCGCCGCCAAGUUUCUCCUCUCGCGCUACGUGCGCGACGCUGGUUUCAAGGUCGUCCUCACAGGUGAAGGCGCGGACGAGCAUUUUGCUGGCUACUCGAUGUUUUACCCGGAUUUCUUUCGGCACGAGACAACGCCGCCUGCACUGCCCACCGCCGACCGCGUCGCUCGCUUGGCGGCGAUUGAAGCAACCGACAUGAAAAUGUGGAGUGCGAUCGGCUGUGUGCCUAUGUCGUUCGACGACGAAGUCAAAAGCCGAACUCGCCUUGCGAACGUGAGUAUUCAUCGACUCUUGUCGACGAUUUGCGGGCUCCCCAAGCCGCUGUUUCUGCCUCCCAUUGUGCCAUCGACCAUGGACGCGUACGUGCACGCGCUGUCGCCGGAUGAGCGGCGUCUGGCGCGGGACGAGUGGCACCCGCUGCACACGGCGCUGUGCCUAGAGCCGCGCGUGCACUUGCCCAACUACUUGUGCAACCACUUGGGCGACCGCAGCGAGAUGGCGCACUCGAUCGAAGAACAACGUAUUUAA